AUGGCAUUAGUCAAUAUUUUUCUCAUGCUACUGUUGUUCGCGUUUGUUCACCACCAAAUCACGACCACGGAGGCGCGGCUUGACGUCGGCGUGUGCUACGGGAUGAUCGGGGACAACCUCCCUUCUCCAGCAGCUGUGGUCAAACUCUACCGGCGCUACGGCAUCGGGAAGCUGCGGCUCUUCGAUCCUAACCCUGCUGCACUUGCUGCGCUGAGAGGCAGCGAGAUAGAGGUCACUUUGGGCACCAAGAAUGAGGAUUUACAAAGCAUCGCGUUGAGCGUCGAUGCGGCUAAGACAUGGUUUGACGCCAACGUGCAACCGUACACAAGUGAUGUCAAAAUUACGUUUCUUUCUGCCGGUAACGAAGUGGUCCCCGGAAAUUUAGCUCAGUUUGUACUUCCUGCUAUGCGGAAUCUGCAGAGUGUCGUUAAGGGCUAUGGCUACAGUGGUAUGCGGAUCACCACUGUGGUCGCAACUUCAACCUUAGGGACUUCUUACCCGCCGUCAAACUCCACUUUCUCUAAUGCGGCUCGUGCCGACAUGGUCGGAAUCAUAAAAUUUUUGUCGAGCAGUGGCUCGCCAUUGAUGAUUAAUGUUUAUCCGUACUUUGCAUACGCCUCUGAUCCAGUCAAUGUGAGAUUGGAUUACGCUCAAUUCACUGCGAAUGGCUCGGUGGUUCAGGAUGGCACCUUGAGUUACUCGAACUUGCUCGAUGCUGUAGUCGACGCCUUUUAUUGGGCGAUGGAAAAGGAAGGUGUGACCAGUGUGGACUUGGUGGUUUCUGAGAGCGGCUGGCCUUCAGCCGGAAAUGGUUACAUCACCAGUGUAGAGCUUGCACAAAUUUAUAACCAGAACCUUGUGAAGAGGUUUCAGGCCAAUGCCGGGACGCCUAAGCAUCCGGACCGUAGCUUGGGCGGCUUCAUCUUCGCGAUGUUCAAUGAAAAUCAGAAACCUGCCGGCAUCGAGCGAAAUUUCAGGCUAUUCUAUCCCGACGGAACACCGGUUUACCGCAUGUAUUUUAAUUAA